AUGUCAGAGUUCGCGGCACUGCGUGUACUGAGACGUGCUACAGCCACGGUGCACGCGGGAGAGGAGUCAGACCCAGGCAAAGACACGACUCCAGAGCCAGAUACACACCUGCCAGGUGAAGGUGAGAUUGAAGACAGCCAGCUCCCCCGAUCCCCUGCAGAACCAGAGAAGCAGGGAUGGAGCCAGGAAACAGACCAAGAUGAUUCCGAGAUGCUGUCCCACCAGAGUGAAAGUCAAUCAGAAACAAAAACAGACCCCUUUGAAAGUGUCUCCGACACAGAGUCUUUCUCUGGGGACCUCCCAAGAGAAGUCUGCCUCCCUCCAAGUGGGCCGUCCGUAGACAGAGAAGCAUGCCGGAGAUGCCCUGCUGUCCCAGCAACCAGACCUCCUCAGGAGCAAUACUUGACCCAUGUCCCUGGGCUUGAUGCAAAGGAAGAACCAGAUUUGCCCCCUGGCUUAAUGGAAGAGACUCGAGAAAAUGUGCUGCAAGGCUUCGCUGCGGUUGCUGGAGAAGAUGGGGCAGAGUACCUCUGGGACCAUGUGACCAGCCUAGAGCUGGAGCCUGUGCUGGCAGGGGAUCCUGGACAUGCAGGAUGCUGCUCACAGGGUGCCCUAGGAAGCAGCAGUCUCCAGCCAGCACAGGUGAUGACUUCUGAAGACCUUAGGCGACUCUCUGGUGUUUCUCUUCAAAAAUCCAGGUCUGAGAGCUGUCUGGGCAUCCCAGUGGUCUGGCCCUUCCUUCUCUGGUGCUGUGAACGGGGUCGGAGCUGGCCACAUAUCCACAACAGGGCCAGGGCCCCAGUGCUGCCUCGCAGAGACCCACUGGACAGCACAGCCCCCCUGGGGGCCAGGACAAAGAAAGGAAGGGCUCCAGGCCCUGCAGUGGACACAGACUUGCUCUGGGCCCAGUCCUGCUUUGAUGCCCCCUGCUGGCCUCCUUUGGGGACAUCUUGCCUCCUACAUGCCAAGUGUCACCAUAGUGCGCCAGAAAAUAUUGGUGAAAAGGGGACGGUAGCCCCUGGACACUGCUGUCAGCACACGAGGACACUGAUCAGGGCCCAUUCCAUAACAGGGUUUCCCUUAGGUGACCCUGAGGGUCCCGUGGGACAGAACUUUGUGAAGUUUGGCGCCCAUUUGAAGGAAGGGACAGAAAAUGAGCGAGAUCCAAGAACACAAAACACCCUUUACUCUGUGUCCACCCAACUGUCUCAUUUGCUUUCUGCUUCUCAAAGUAGGGGCCCUUCUUUGCAGGACACGUACAACAAACCCAGCGAUUUUAGUUUGAAAAGGGCCUCUCAGGACACAUCCUCCACAGGUCUCUGGCAGGAAGACCAGCUGGGACAGGAUUCUGGGUCAUGCCCAGCUGCUUCAUGCCUUACUUCGGAGUUGGUGAAGCUCAGCGUGGAGGAAGUGCCAGGGCCUGCUGAGUGCAAGCUGGGGCACAGCCCAGAAAGCAGCACCCAGGAACUCCUAGGAACUCCCCUGGCACCAAGCGCUGCUGACGUGAGAGAGAAACAAAAGCACCUUUACGACGUUUCUGUCGAGGCAGGAAACCAAACCAGUAAUUACACAUCAAAGUAUGUUCUCAGUGAGAAAAGAAAGCUACCUACUAGGGCCAAGUUCCCACGGCGGCCUAGCACCGAGGGGACCCAGGUAAGGAACGGUGUCCUGACGGGUUGCUCGGCAGUAGGUGAGAGUGCGGACGCUCCAGAGAGCACCCCGAAAUCAAGUGCAGUAGACGCGUCAAAGGAAGCUGAAGAGGGCAUGGUUCUAGACCCCAUCUGCAAGAAAAAUGCUUUGCAGGGUCUUUCGGAAUCCAAAGCCGGCUUGGCCUCUAGGGGCGGGUGCACAGUCAUCAUUAUAGCUGUGGAGCAGAAAGGUCUUCAGGCCACCAAGAAGAAACUGGGUCCUCUUCCAGAAACACAGUCCGGUAACUUUGCCGGGGAGAGGCUAGGAUCUCCCCUCAGUACUGGCGCGAGCCCCCAUGCGUCUCCCAGAGGCAGGAAAGCAGCCACUUGCCGCAAGGAGCGCCGGCCGCCAGCAGCCGCCCCGCUGGGAGCCGAUGAUGGGGCGCGUCCGCCCGCGGCGCUCGCCGCAGAGCGAGGGAGCGUUCCGGUUCCCCGGCCUGCUCUGGAAGAGGCGCCCAGCACAGAGGAACCCCCGGAAGAGAAAGCGCCCGGAGAGAGCCUGAGCCCCAGGCCCCAGGGCGCGCACGGGGCCCCGGGCCUCCCCGCCGCGGGCAGCCGGAGGGGGUGCGGCGCGGACGCCGGAGCCGGCCAGGCCCCCGGGGGCGGCGCUGCCGGGGCCGCGGAGAGUGGCCCCCGCUCCUCCGCGUCGGCCGGCAGGCUUCCCACGGUGACCCCCUCCAGGAAAGGCAGGCCCUCGGCCGUGGAGCGCUCCGAGGAGCUCGGCGCCGAGAGGCCGACGGGUGCCGGGCCGCCUCCGCGCCCCGUGGACAGGACCGCUCCUCUGGCGGUCGUCCCCCGGGGCGCAGGCGCAGGGGCCGCGGGGCUGACCGAAGGCGGGGAUGUGGGGACACCAGGGGACCCCGGUAGCAGAAGACCUUCCUCGGAAAGCUGCAGCGCGAAGAGACUCAGAACAACAGAGAAAAGGCUCAGAGCAAGGUUGGCCUUAGCUCAUAAGACCUUUUCAAAUUUUUUUGAGUCAAAAGUUUUAGAGAAAGAGAACAGCGAUGAACGUUCCCCAGGGUCUCCCAAGGGCGAGAAGAGGAACAGGCUGCGCCAGAGCUCCUGGCGCGCAUUUCUGAAAGGCAGAGACGCAGAAGGCCCCAAAAGACCUCCCCUAGUGACUCUGCUUCCAGGACCAGAAAUUUCUUCCCGGCCGGUGACCGACAGCCCCUGUAAGGAGUGGGCCGAGGACAAGGACGGCUGUGUUUUUGGCGACCACUGGGUACCCCCACAUCCCCCCACACCUUUGUCCUCCAGCAGUUUGGUCUCUCCAGAACACAGGAGGAGAAGUGAACCGUCCAUCAAAUGCACAGCCCCCCAGGAAGGCGGUAGGUACCUACCUCCAGGGAUCGUUCCUGAAAAGCCCUGGCUGACGUCCCCCGCCAGCCCUGGGGCCCAGCAGGCUGGGAUCCGCCGCACCCUGCCCUCCAGCUCUGCCUGCUGCCUAGCAUUCGACAGCCCACGCAUACCCUGCAGGCCCCUGAGCCCCAAGCCCCUGGGCCUCCGCUACUCUGGCAGGGGCAAUGCCAUCUCCAUGGUUUCUCUUGGAAGCUACAGUGAUGUGGACAGCAGUUCAGGGGCCCCUGAAAGGCCCAAGAUUCCCAAGGCCCGGACAAGCCUCCUACUUUCUCUGCAGACACUAAACCAGGAUGACCAGAAGGAAGAGCGCAGGAAACGAGGCCAAUGUCCUAGUGGCCUGAGCACAGCACCCUCGCUCAGGGACGUUCCUGGGAGUGAGGUAUCCUCCAGCCCGGUGCUCUGGUGGGUGCACAGCCGGGAGGGCUACAGGUAA